AUGACAGAGGAAUGGGUUUCGAGAGUAUUAGAUGUAUUUAUUCAAACUCAGGCAAAUAAGUCGAUAUCCCUGACGGAUCAUUUGCUAAAACUCAAUCCAGAUAAUGUUGAAAUAUCGAACCGAUCCCAGACGGAAACACGAAGAAGGGUUUACUACACAAAAAUCGUAUUCAAGAAAAUUGAAAACGAGAAAAGUAUUACAAUUAUUUUCAAAGGUUCAGAAGAUAGUUUUUGGAAAUUGCAACCAAAGAGUUCGGAAAGUUUAGCUAUGCUGAAACUUAAGAUGAACGAAACUUUUGAAGCGAACAAAUCUAGAAUGGCAAUACCACAUAGUGCGAGUAAAUCCAGACAAGUUCCGUCACUCUACAGUGAAAAUUCAGCAAAUAGGACUAUCAGAGAAUUGGAUAAACAUUCGGAAACUUCUCCAAGUAUACGCAAUCUAACUCCAUCAGUCUCCUAUAAAUACCAACCGACUGUGUCCACCCUCAAAUCCACCUCGUCUCCGAAUACACCUAAAAGCAUUCACAGCGUUCCUCACACAUCGUCAAUCAAUUCCAGUUAUUAUGUUCCGGAUAAGACAAAAAAUUUGCCAAACUCGUCAACAACUUAUUCACAGAACAAAGAAUAUAAACCGUUGCAACCAACAAGAAGAGUUUAUGACUAUUCAUCGAAGCAGAAAAUUUAUUCAUACCGCAGGUUUUUCUUUGCUUAUAUUUUGAUAAUUUUUCUCAAAAUUCUUAUUUUCAGUUUGCAUAACAUCAAAAACACUUGUUAUUUCAAUGCAACAUUGCAAGCCCUCGCUUCAUGUCCGUCAAUGGUUUCUCGAUUUCAUCAGAUGUCGUUAAUUAUGGAGAGAAUAAAACUCAGAAGUUUCUAUAGUGAAAAUACCGACAUAAAAAACAAACUUGCAUUGUUUGUUGGGUUCCAGAAGGUUUUCAUGUUUUUGACUAAACCAGAAAAGAGUACAGAAUCUUUUAAUAGAGAUGUGAGUCGAUUUGCAUUAAUUCAACUUUUUCUUAGUUUUCAGGAACUCAAACGUAUUCUUGAAAACCUGAACAAAGUUAUCUCUGGCUUUAUCUACGACAAACAGCAAGAUGUUCAAGAAUUCCUAGAUUUUACGUUCCAUGCAAUCGACGAUAUAAUGAAGAAUGAAAUGCCACGGAAAGAAGCUAUUGGUGAUGAAAGUUCUGUGUUUUAUGGAGGCAGCAUUGCUUCAUUGAAUCCUCUUCUGCCAAUGCGCUACUCCAUUGAAUCCUCUAAAAGCUGUUGUAAAUGUGACGACGAAAGCACAGUGAUUGCAGUUGAUCAUUUUCUCCGUGUUUCUAUGCAGCCUUCUGAUGGUUUCACUUCAGUAGAAUUAACUGAUUUGAUUACGAAUGAUUUCAAAGCAAAAAAAGUUGAACGAGACUGUUCAAAAUGCAAAUGCGAAAGUGCCAUUAGCAGAGAUCGAUUCGUCACUUUUCCUCAAUGCCUUGCUGUACACCUGAAACGUUCGUGUCGAGAUGAAAAUCAGACUAAUUACAAAAAUGAACAUGACAUCAAAAUUCGUCUCGAACUGGAUCUCUCGAAAUAUUCCUCGUUCUGUCCAAUCGCGGAAAAUGCAAAUACAUCGUCUAGUAAACUUUCUGUCAAAAACUUCAACAGCAAUCUCGAAAAGAAUCAUACUCCUCUAAAAGUGCUAGGAGGUGCACGAGAAGUCUCACUGGACACUGAAGAAGUUCAGUUCGACAACGAGAUUAUCAAUCAUUCGUUGCAUUUUAAGCCACUGCGUUCUUACCCGAACAUAGUGAGGAUGUUGGAGGAACUUGACAUUAAAUACGACGAUGCCAUUUUGAGAACCCACGUCAAAAAGCUCGCGAAGAUCAGACCAUCUGACAUGACGAAGAACGACGAACCAGACCAAAUCCAAGAAAUUGAAGCCGAUGGUAAUUGCUUUUUCCGUGCCAUCUCCUGGUGUUUAACUGGUUCCGAGGCACAUCACAAAAAGUUACGGAGAGCAACUGCUGAUUAUCUUAAAGAUAAUAAACCAGCUCUGAAAAAGUACCAAAGUAACUUCGAAGCACAUGCGAAGAAAAUGAAGCAGAAUGCAGAAUGGGCGACUAAUUGCGAAGUUGCUGCCAUUUCUAAAAUGCUGAGUGUAAACAUCUAUACAUAUCUGUCUAGUGGUUGGACUUGUCAAUCCCCAUCAAACAACGAAGUUACUGUCGUUGGAUCAAUAUAUUUGAACAAUGUUUCGGAGCACUACGAGCCGGUUCUAUCGCUGAGAAAAGGACAAUCCGAAGCCCGAAGUAUCAGGGCACAAAAAAGGUCUGCUCCUGAUAGUGACGACGAGAAGAGUAUGGAUGAUAACGAUGAAUCCUUCAAGCCUGCUAGACCGAAAAUGAAUGGAGAUUCUAAAACUUCGAGAAAGGAAGCAUCAUCCUCGAAAGGAUUCGUGAAUGAUAAGAAAACAAAUACGACGACGAAGGACAACGAGCUUGCUAGUUAUAACCUUGUUGCUGUCAUCUGUCAUUAUGGGCCGUCUGUUCUCGCAGGACACUAUAUUACUUUUUCGAAAAGCAUCUAUUGCGAUGAAUGGUUGAAAUGCGACGAUGAAACGAUUACGCCUGUUUCUAAAAAUACAGUUCUCACUGAGGCAACGUCUGCUGGCUACCUCAUAUUCUAUGAUCGAAAAUAG